CCACUUUUAAAGGACAACGAAGUAGAAAAGAGACAUGUUUAAAUCAGACUCCGCUUUAUUUGCGUUGUCGCCGGGUUGCCAAAUAAUGCCAUAACAAACAGCAGACAACAUCCAGAAGAAGAGCCAGGAUUAAAACCAAAUAACAAACAGUUUGUGAUAAUUCCUGGAAACAUGGUAGUGUCUCUAACACAAGCCUGCCGGAGUCUGGCUCUUUCUACAUGGCUGCUGUCCUUCUGCUUUGUGCAUUUACUGUGUUUAGACUUCACAGUGGCGGAGAAGGAGGAAUGGUACACUGCGUUCGUCAACAUCACCUACCUGGACCCGGUGACAUCUGAAAUAAAGACUGACAGGAGUGAAUGUGGCAGGUAUGGGGAGCACUCCCCUAAAAGAGACGCCAGGGGCUUUGUGUUUAUGCCCCAGGACAGACAGGCUUGUGAUGGGAACACCAGAUUUCCCCUGCCACAUCCCAGCAUCCCAUGGAUUGCACUGAUAGCUAAAGGAAACUGCACUUUUAGGGAGAAGAUCAGACAUGCUGCGGCUCUCAAUGCUUCUGCUGUGGUGAUUUUCAAUGUGGGCUCCAGCAACUCUAAUGACACCAUCACCAUGCCACACCACGGUACCGGCGAUGUGGUGGCCAUCAUGAUUCCUGAGCCCAAAGGUCGAGAGAUCAUGGCUCUGCUGGAGAAGAACAUAACGGUGGCCAUGCACAUCUCCAUCGGCACACGAAACCUGCAGAAAUACGUGAGCCGCACGUCAGUGGUGUUCGUCUCCAUUUCCUUCAUCGUCCUCAUGAUCAUCUCGCUGGCCUGGCUGGUCUUUUACUACAUCCAGCGCUUCCGAUAUGCCAACGCUCGAGACCGCAGUCAGAGGCGAUUGGGCGAUGCUGCAAAAAAGGCCAUAAGCAAGUUACAAGUGCGGACCAUCAGGAAGGGAGACAAGGAAACAGAUUCAGACUUUGACAACUGUGCGGUGUGUAUUGAAGACUACAAACCUAAUGAUGUGGUGCGGAUCCUGCCCUGCCGGCAUGUCUUCCAUAGGAACUGUGUGGACCCGUGGCUUCAAGACCACAGAACGUGUCCCAUGUGCAAAAUGAACAUCCUGAAGGCGCUGGGCAUCCCGCCCAACACAGACUGCUCAGACGACGCUCCUCCAGACUAUGAGACGUCCAGUGGGCAACCAAGCAUCGCAGUGACUGGUGCCAGUGAGGUGUCUGUCGGCGAGAGCUCGCUGGUUUUAGACCAGCCACUCAGAAUAACCGGUCUGUCACACGAUUACCAGGAGAUGAACUCGGUGCCGGCGGACGCAGAGAGUCCACACAUCGCCAGCAGUGAGCAGCAUCAGCCCUCCAUGAGCAAUGAUCCAGACAUCAUGCCAAUGGAGAUCGCAGAGCUUCAGUCUGAUCUUGAACAGGAGGAUGUGAAGUCCUGAAGACUCUCAGUGCCAUAAACACGGCAGCGGGACAAUAACAGACCAAGAGCAAUAGCAGCACAGGUGUGCAACGUCUUUGUUGUUUUUUUCCUCCAUCACCACAAAAAAACGUCUCCCUUAUCAUUAUUUUUUUUUCUGACUGAACUGAAUGUCGUCUCCUGCAUUACCAGACUGCGAGGAAUGCGAAGGCUUUUAAUUCGGACAAAUGUUGACAGUCAACUUCCCUGUGGGAUCACUGCCAGUACACAUCAGGAUAUUCCAAAAUUAAUAUGCAUCGAUGAGUGUGGCUCAUAAUGGUUAUAAGAUUACACUAAUUAAAAAAAACUAUAAUAGUUUAUAUUAAUAAAUGCUAGUGUUUUUGAACCAUAUAUUCUAGUGCACA